AUGAACAUGACGAGUGAUGAUGAAAGAAAGGCGACGUCACUUGUAAUUACAUCGUUCCUUCAUCUUCUUCCCCUUGACAACGACAUGCCAGAUGCCCCCUUUUGCUUCUGGCUUUCCCUUUUCAAACCUACAUGGGGCAACAUGAAGAAACCAGAAAGGAAAGUAACAGAAAAGAUCAGAAGGAACCAAAUGAAGUUUCUCUAUUCCCGUCUCUUCUCUCUCAUCCCUCCCCAUCUCAUCUCCAAGGGAGGUGACCAAGUGUCGGAUCGAGUGGAUCGAACGAUUGAGUACAUUCAAAGCUUGAAAUCGAGCUUGGAGAUGAGCCAGAUCAGGAAGGAACAGUUGUUGAGUACAAAGAAGAGAUCACACGAGAACACGAAUAGCAACAAAUCCAAAUCAAUUGAUAUUCAGAUCCACGAAAUGAGUCCAGAUCUUGAUUAUAGCAGUGAGGUAGCCCUCGCAAAUUUUUCGAGCUCCGGCCAUUCUACCUUCCAUGUCCGCCACAAAAAGAUUGAAACAGAGGAAAUGUCUCAGAGACUCAUGAUUUUACUCCAAGGAUACUCGAACGUAAAGGAAUUGGGGAAUGACCAAGGAUUCUCGAACGAACUGGAAUUGGGGAAUGAUUAUGCAUCAUCUUGCGAUCAAUUUGAAUCGAAUUUGAAUAUAUGGGAUUUUGAUUUCCAAUCGAAUGUAUGGGGAUGGGAAUUAGAGGGAUUGCCAAUGAGCAUCACAAGUUAA